GUAUGAGGAGUAAGGUUAUUCGGUAACUGGGUUUCAUUUUCUUUCACCUUCACUAGUCCACUCGACUGUUUAAAAAGGCGAGCAGUUGGUCAGUGCUCAUCAGCAUCGAUCUAGCAGUUGGAAAAGAAACAACAGUCCUUCUGUAUAUAUUAUACACCAGCUAAAGCUGCAUUUGAUACUCCUCCAAAGUCUACGAAUCGAGUGCAAAUCAGCCAUGAAGGCAGUAGCUAUUUUAAUUGCUUGUCUCGUCGCAACAGCCGUGGCUGCCCCGCAGUAUCAACGGCAGAAACCUAAACAAUCGGCUGCAUCCGUAUCACCUGACCAGUGGGCUGCUCUAAAUCCACUUCAAUCUGAGAAUAGCGAUCUUGAUGAACUGAAGAAGCAAUGGGCUCGUUUCCUUGAAUACCUUCCAUGGUUGAAGGGUGCUGUUGGACCAGCUGGGCCUCAAGGACCCGCCGGAGAAACUGUGUACGUUGCUGGACCCCCUGGUCCACCUGGCCCACAAGGUUAUGCUGGACCUAAGGGAGACAAGGGAGAUGCAGGUGCACCAGGAGCUAUCGGUGAGCCUGGACCUCAAGGAAACCCUGGAGUUGAUGGACCUCAAGGUCCUCAGGGAUUGGCAGGCGCACCUGGCACGGAUGGAGCCCCAGGAGCAGCUGGAGCGCCAGGUGGACCUGGAGCAAAAGGAGAUGCUGGACGCAAUGGUGCGGAUGGAGCUCCUGGAGCCCCAGGUGCCCCUGGCAAAGACGGAUAUCCCGGAGCCCCUGGACCGCAAGGGCCUAAAGGAGAUGUUGGUGCUCCUGGAAUCACACUCCCAUCCAAGAUUCCUGGCCCACCUGGUGCACCAGGAUACCCAGGCAAAGAUGGAGCUCCUGGUGCUCCUGGUACUAUUGGCCCUGUCGGACCUGCAGGCCCAGUCGGCCCACAAGGAGUCCCCGGCAAAGACGGUGCUCCUGGUAAUUCUGGAAGCCCUGGCCCGAAGGGAGAAGCAGGUAAACCCGGCUACAAUGGAGCUCCAGGAAAAGACGGACUUCCAGGCGCUCCAAGCACGCAACCCGGCCCUGUGGGACCUCAAGGACCAGCUGGUUCACCUGGCUACAAUGGCGCUCCCGGCAAAGAUGGUGCCCCUGGCCCAGUUGGCGCUCCAGGCAAGGAUGGACUAAACGGUGCUCCUGGUGCUCCAGGUGCUCAAGGAGAGCAAGGCAAACCCGGUAAAGAUGGUUAUCCUGGUGCUGCUGGUGCCCCUGGCGCAACUGGAAAUCCAGGACCCCAAGGACUCCAAGGUGAACAAGGUCCUGCUGGAAGCCCUGGCAACCCCGGCCCACAAGGAUUAAUUGGCCCUGCUGGCCCUGCUGGACCUGAAGGCAAACCCGGCCCGGCGGGCGCCCCCGGUGCACCUGGACCAGAAGGUUCCGUUGGCCCUGCUGGACCUGAAGGUAAAGUUGGCGAAACUGGAGCUCCUGGACCUGUUGGCCCGAUUGGUCCUGUUGGCGCCCCAGGAACUCAAGCUCCUUAUCCCACCAAGGGUUACACAACGGCUGCCCCCUAUUACAGAACAACCCCAAAAGACACUUGGUUCAAUUGGUAGACAUCCCGUUAGGAUCGCAAGUUCUUCUGACCAAACUCUCUGUAUUUAUUAGAAUACGAAUAAUUUGAAUUUAUGCUCACAAUUUUAGAAUGCAUUUGCUUGUGCAAGUUUAAACAAAGGGCUAUUGCUUUGAAAAUAUACCACAUUGAAGAUUUGAA